UUCCUGUUAACGUGGCUUACAGCUACACAUUAACAAACACAGAUAUAUACAUCAAGGAUGGGGGCAACAUUUGAUGACACUCUAUGAAGACAAUCGACAUGGAGAACAGACUGAUUAUCGUGGCGAUUGUCCUUGUUGCAUGCGUUUGGCAGAUACAUGGAAAUGCCCUAGGUAAACUUGACAACGAAGACGGGUCACAGAACGAAGCAGGCGACACAUAUGGAAUAGUGAGGCGGGCCACAAACCAACUAGCACCGGGUGCCGUUGACAAAGAAACCAAAUUAGACAAUGGACAAAAGAUUCGGAAGAACGGUAAGGUGAGGCGUGCCACUAAACGAAUUAACAAGACUUCUAAAAGAAUUGCAAAACGGCAAGCUCUCGAAGAAAACGGCAACGAAAAAAGAUCAGAGAAUGAACUAGAGGAUGGAAAGGAAAGAGGUGGUAUAAUGAGGCGUGCCAGUAACCUAAUGUUCAAGAUCGCCGAAAGAAUUGUAAAACGUCAAGCGAAAAAAGCCAAGGACACUGAAUCAACCAACGAUCGGCGUGAAAUACACUUAGCUAAACGUGAAGGGAAACGUUCACAUCAAGGAGGGAAAAGUGAACGAAGGAAGUGAUAUUCAGCUUUCGUGUGAACCAGUGGCAGUAACACAACUGAGUGAACACAGCACUUAAUCGAACACGAUGCCAGGGCUUGGUUCGUCAUUCACAUAUCAAGACAUUUUCUCUACAUUUUUUUUUUAAAUCAGGGAAAUAAAUAAUCCUACAAUAUCCUCAAGAUAUUUUAACUGUGAUGUUUAAAAUACGUAGACUUGUUUUAAUUAUAAACUCUAAGACAUAUGUUGGAUAUAUGCAUAUAAAACUUUUCUGUUCCCUCCUUCGAACAACACAAUUAUGGAUUUCUUGCGUUCAAUAUUCAAGAUGAUGAAAUAAACACUG